CGAUCUCCCCAGCAACGAGAAAUCCCAGAUGUACCCCCAGGACAGAAUCCGACCCGUGGGCGCCAACACCACCUUCUGUUGCGUUGUGGGGGAGGGGAAGCUGUUCGGCAACAUCAAAUACAGCAACGCCGCCAUGAACGAGACGCGGCUGAGUCGGCGCAGUUACGCCGUAAAGGCCGUGAACCAGGGACUGUCCGGCACGACGGGAACCAACGUCAUCUGUUACGGCGACUCCAAGAUGUUACUGACCGGAACGGUGGUGUUUGUCGGAUACCCUCCACUGCCCAGGGACUUGGUGUGCGAGACUCGAGACUUCACCUCAGCCGUGUGCCAGUGGACCGAAGCACGAGACACAAACCUGUACCGCAGACGGGGAACGCGCUACUCGCUGAACAACAGGAACUGUACAGUGAGCAACGCGAAGGAGAAGCAGAGAGAGUGCAGUGCGGCCCAGUGGGAGGGCAACUGGACGCUGGUGGCCGUGAAUCCUCUCGGCCGCCACGUGCUCACUGACUCCGCCGAGCUCAGCCACAGAGUGUUCCCAGUAGCGCCAGAGAACCUGAACUCGGCGGUCCGUGCCUGGAACGCCACUCUGCGGUGGCGGUGGAAGUACGGCAGCUAUUCCUCUGUGGCUCUUGUCUGCCAGGUCGAGCUCACCUCGCAAGGGUACAAAACAAAGCGUACCUUCUCCGGUCUGGGCCUGCGGUCGGUGUUCCUGUCGGACCUGAACCCCGAUGAGGAUUACAGGGUUCAGGUCCGCUGCGGUGCCCAGCAGAAUUUCUGGCGGUGGGGGAGCUGGAGCGAGCCGUUCUCCUUCAGAACCAACACUUCUGUUCCAGAUUCUCUUGAUGUCUGGAUGUGGAUAAACAAAGACGACACCGGGCGGGUCAUUUGGAAGCCUCUGACACGAAGACAGAGCCACGGUCAGAUCACAGGUUAUGAAGUUACCGAGGAAAAUCGACAGUCCAAACUUUAUCCGGCCGACACGUUUUCUGUACCAAUCAACCUCGCAAAGAUCGCAGCCGGCGGCGGCGACAACACCAAGGUCACGGCAACUGUCAUCGUGAAGAACGACGCGGGGGAGUCUCAACCUGCCAGUGUACAUAUACCACGACACCGGACAGACGCGGAACCCCAUUCCGUGUCCAGGGUCGUUCAUACGGGCCGAGGGUUCCCUCUGUUCUGGCGGCGCGACGACAACGCCACGUGUGCGUACGUGGUGGAAUGGUACGAAUCCUCCUGCAGGUGGAACUGCACCGUGGGGUGGAUCAAGUUGGCCGCCGGCAACACCAACGUCUCCGUGGAGUCAGCCGACUUCCUGCCGGGUGUGAGGUACAACAUUUCCCUGUACGGCAGCACCUCGGAGGCCCCGCAGCUGCUGCAGCGCUGGCAGGGAUACAUGCAGGAGCUGGUCCCCUCUGGUUCUGUCACCCUGUCGAUCACCCAGCAGGACUCCGACAUCCUCCUGACCUGGGGAGCGAUCCCGCUGGUCCACAGAAGGGGCUUCCUCCUGGGCUACAACGUGUACGUCAGUCGGGGCUCCCAGCUCACGCUUCUAGCCAAUCUGUCGGACCCAGGAAGCAGGAGCCACACAGUAAACGGUCUCUCUGAAGGCUCCUAUAAGUUUACUGUCAAGGCCUUCACUUCAGCAGGCGAGGACACGGGCGCCACUGCCUCCAUAUCGCUGGAGCCAUACACUGAUUGGCUGAUACUGGAAAUCUUGACUUCCUUGGGAAUCAUAGCCAUAUUCCUGGUCAUCGUCACCUUCGUUUGCUACAAGAAAAGGAAAUGGGUGAAGAAGGCCUUCUAUCCAGACAUACCCGAGCCCAAGCUGCCCGGCGGUUGGUCCAGUUCACAGGGGCCGCUGGACGUGAAGCCCUCCCCCCACAGCCUGGUCCACAUGGUGGAGAGGCCCGAGUGGGAUUCGAGCAAAGAGGCGCUCGUCGUCAUUCCCGAAGAGGACGAGCAGGGGUUCGGAGACGAGCCGGCGGACGCCGACGAGCCGGCGGACGGCGACGAGCCGGCGUCGUUGCGUUACUACAACCACGUGGUGGACGAGCGGCCCAUUCGGCCGCGUUUCCCAGACUCCUCUGCUUCCUCCGCAUCCUCUUUGGAUUCGGCGCGCACGGAUGUGACCUACACGGGCAUCCAGACCUCGGGGUCUUCCUUGGUCUUCCAGCUGGAUCCAGAGGGCCACCAACCCCACGCUGAUGUGGUGGGGGGUGGUGGAGGAGGAGGAGGAGGAGGAGGAGCAGGAGGAGGAGGAGGAGGAGGAGAAGGAGGAGGAGAAGGUGGUUACCGGCCCCAGAUGCAAUCUAGAGCUCUAAGUGACGACACGGGACUCGCUUCACCUGAGCCUUUCAUGGAGCCCCAGGCUGCCAGUGCCGAGGGCUACAAACCCCAGAGCUCCUGGCAUUUGGACUCCCCCGUGGAGGCUGAGGAGGGCGUCGACCCGGCCCCCUCCCUCGGGUCCCCCACCUCAGUGGCUUCCACUCAGUUCCUCCUCCCCGACGGAGAUGAGAACGCAGAUGAGAGGCGACAGCCGCCGUCAUCGUCGGCGGCGACUUGGUUCAGCAACCUGCUGUCAUCCACUAAACCAUGAUGUCAUCUCUUGCUCACGACUCGCAGUCAGAACCCCCCUCCCCCCUCCCCACUAUGUAGCACUACAUUCUUACAGUUGCACUUUGAAAGCAGCUUAAUAAUAUUUACGGUGCUUAUUCCCAACACACAGAAAUCUAUUUGAUUUUCUCCGUCACGCGAAUAUCAUCGAUCAAAACCAGUAUAUUUAUACAUCGAAACAUUUCUAUUCGAGACGACACAUCUCUGACUUCAUACCUCUUUUCAACCCGAAUGUAUCGCACCCCCCCCUGGCGCCGCGGCGGCGGUUGCGUCCCCCGACUCCCUGCGAUGGGCUCUUAGCGACGGCUCAUCCUGUGUGUCAGCUGACUGCACCCCCGGUUUUUAUCUCCUAUAUCAGAUGCUUUUUCUUUUUGUUGUUGUCGCCGUGAACUUCACAACGCUGCAGACAAAAUCUGAAAGCAGGAAGUUUUCAAACAGGAUGACGGAACUGUAAAAGCAAAGGACGUUCCUUUUUUUCCCUUUUUUUUUUUUUUUUAAAGAACACUACAAACAAACAGUUUGGGUGGAAGGCAGCCGUUCACCAGAUAACCGCCGUUCACAGUCUGCAUGUCUUCCACUGGCCCGCCGUCGGGGGUUAACCUCGCCUGUGUCAUGACAGCUGAUGAUGAGCUGCUGACAGGAAAAGAAGAGGUCAAAGGUCUCUCGGUGGCCCUCCCCUCGACACCGCGGCAGCUCCCAUCAUUACAGACGUGAUCUAUUCACGUAACACAGCGAGACGUCAAUUGAAAGAUAUAUUUGUGAAUCAGAGCAGUGGUUAUUUUACACGGCUGUCUGGAAUUGUGUGGAUAUAUAUACACUGAUUAUAAGCUAGAACAUGAAUACAAACUGAUGUAAUUACAUUAGCAAACACACUAUUAUGUUACUUUUGGGUGUUUUUUUGUCGUUGUUCUUUCUUCCUUUUACCAGUAUUGUGCAGUAUUUUUUAAAUGUCUUUACUCGUGUAGGAUUACAUUUCAGUCAGGCCAGUGUCCACUUUUCAAUGUUGCUAUGUGCCGUGCGUUAUCGCUCCCGGACAUUUACACCGCGUCACCUUUUCACACAUGGCCUUGCUCCUAAAUGUUUAUGUGUCAUGGAAAAAAUGAAUAUAUUACAAUAACGCAGAUCAGAAAUGUAUUUUAUUGUCCUGCCACUGAGCGUACAAACGAUGUCCGUUUUAAUUGAUUUGAGCGAGUGCUGACAUUUCUAAACGUUACAUCACAUCAUGUUUGUGUGCUUGUGAAAAAUCAUUUUUCUUUGCUCGCUUUAUCUUCCAGCCCAGAGAGCUGACAGAUGCUUUGGAUGUCAAUUUAUUUUCUGUGCUUGAAUGUUUGGUUUUACAAUACAUUUAAUGUGUUUUUUUAAUUUCCCCCCUGAUUCCAUUGCAAAUUUUCUCCUGAAGCUUCCUUGGAUAUUUUGUGACUGGAAAAAAAGGGACUAUGGGGAAAUCUUAUCCAGGAAUAUUAAUAGAGAAUUUCCAGCAAUGCUA